CCCUGUUUGGCCCGAGUCAAAUUCCAAGAUGCGCCCUUGGAACUCUUCAAAAUUAGGCGCGUUUUCAGAAGAAACCAAAAGAGUUUGGUCCCCAUUUGCUCGAACUUGCAGGAAAGAGUAGUUAAGCUGUGUAAUGAGUAAUUAAGCAGCCUGUGGGGAGGAGGAGGGAAGAUCCACACUGAGGGCAAUGCAGAAAGAAGCUCGGCGGAGCAGCAGUUUCGUUACGGAGCACACAAGAAUCUGCCAUGGUUAACAGCUUCACCUUGAAAAAGGGUCGUCGUCAUCAUUUCACCACCUACAGAACACGUCAAGCGAGCAGAGGUCACCACACACGUGACCGGUGACCCAUACUCCCUUCUCCCCUUUAUAUUCUGCCUUUGGCGCCUUUCCAAAUUUCCAUGGCCAUUUCCCUCCUUGGCUCCCAAAACAUUUGAUAGAUUCCUUUCCCUCCCCUCUUCCUCUCCCACCAAAAUCCCCGGGAUGGGUAUCGAGUUUUUGCUUUCCCCUCCCCAUUUGGGCGUCGUUUUCGUCCUCUCCAUUCUUUUCAUGAACAGUCAGGGCCUCGGAGCUUCUGCUCAUAACUCGACGGGCCUUUUGUACAGGGAGCAAGGCAUCAGCUGUAACAUUUUUAGAGGGAGUUGGGUUUUCGACAAUUCGUACCCUCUCUACGAUUCAUCACGCUGUCCGUUCAUAGACUCGGAGUUUGACUGCCAGAAGUAUGGCAGGCCUGAUAAACUGUACCUCAAAUACAGAUGGCAGCCCCUCGGUUGUCAUCUCCCAAACUUUAAUGCUAUUGACUUCCUCACACGGAUGAAGGGGAAGAAAUUGAUGUUCGUAGGUGACUCUCUGGGGCGCAAUCAAUGGGUAUCCCUCAUGUGCAUGCUCACAUCCGCCGUGUCUACCGCCAGAACCCAGUAUAACAAAGAAGAACCACUUUCCUCUUUGACAUUCCUGGACUAUGGCUUCUCUUUAAUGUUCUACAGAGCACCGUAUCUGGUGGACAUACAGUCACAGAGCACGGGAAGAGUGCUCAAUUUGAACUCCAUUGAGAAUGGCGAUUCGUGGAAAGGGGUGGAUGUCUUGGUGUUCAAUUCAGGACAUUGGUGGGUGCACAAAGGGAGAAUGCAAGGAUGGGACUACAUGCAACUGAUGGGCCACACCUUCAAAGAUAUGGACAGAACAGCGGCUUUCACUCACGCGAUGUUAACGUGGGCGAACUGGGUGGACGCAAACACCGAUCCCGUAAGAACGAAAGUGUUCUUCCAAGGAAUGUCUCCUACCCAUUACGAGGCCAAGGAGUGGGGCGGUUCGAGCUCAGGCAGCUGCGCUGGUGAGACGAAGCCUGUAGGUGGAUUCUUCUACCCGGGAGGUGCCCCAAACUUUGAAGCUCAGCUGCUAUACGUCUUGCGCAAAAUGUCUAAGCCUGCUACCCUUCUGGACGUCACCAGGCUCUCACAGCUCAGAAAGGACGGCCACCCUUCACUUUACAACGUCGAUCCUUCGUCUGGUAAGAAGGGCAGCCCUGAUUGCAGCCACUGGUGCCUGGCUGGUGUGCCUGAUACUUGGAACCUUCUUCUGUAUACUAGCUUGUUCUACUGAUGAGCUUCAAAUUGCAUUCUGCAAAGAUGAAACCAGAGCAGCCAUUCAUUUCUGACAGAUAUGUGGCAUUUGGGAAGUUGGUAGUGAAGAUUUUUAUAGAUUUUAAUUGGUGUAAUCUUGUGUCAUUAGCCCAUGAUUGGCUCAUCCCUGUCAUUUUUAGCAUUGUUGGUUCGAGGUGGAUUUGAUUGUGGAUCAAUGGCCAUUGGUCCUCUGUUAUCAUCAAAUGUUAGUUGCUAGGAUCAAUUAAAUGUGUUGUAAUAUAAGAAUGAAAAGUGGCUACCAGCAGCCUCAGCUUUUCACUGUGUGGAUGUUCACGUUCAUCUCAAAUAAAUGUUGUUUGUUGAUCUUUUAAAAUGGA